CUUUUUCCUCUCUCGCGUGUCACGCCGCGCUCGCUGAUUUUCGGGGGGCAGAUCGGCCGGAGAGCAGAGAGGGAGCCCAGCCCAGCCCAGCCCAACCCAACCCAACCCAGCCGCCAUCGGCAGCGCAGCCCGGCAGAGAGCAGCGCGUAAGCAUGGAGGCGCCAUCGGGCAGCGCGUACGGAGCCUCGCUGGCCGGCGGCUCCUUCGACCCUAUCAGCUUCAUUCAGAGACCGCAGACCGUCCUGCGCGUAUUGAGCUGGGUCUUCGCCAUUGUCGUUUUUGGGAGCAUCACGGCUGAGGGCUACAUCAACCCCUCGAUUCACGUCCAGGAGGUCAAGUGCAUGUUCAACCAGAACGACAGUGCGUGCCGUUACGGCGUGGCCGUGGGCGUGCUGGCCUUCCUGGCCUGUAUGGCCUUCCUCGUCCUGGACGCUCUCCUUCCUCACAUCAGCAACGCCAUACAGAGGAAGUACAUUGUCAUCGGGGACCUGAUCUUCUCAGGAAUAUGGAGCUUCCUGUGGUUCGUGUGCUUCUGCCUCCUGGCCAAUCAGUGGUCGCACACGCAGAACGCAGAGCUGAUCCCGGGCGAUGCAGCAAGGGCCACCAUUGCCUUCGCCUUCUUCUCCAUCGGCACCUGGGGAGGACUGGCCUUUGUCGCCUUCAAGAUGUACAGUAAGGGAGUGGAGAACUUUGUGGAGAACCCUGCAGACCCAGCCAACAACCACGCCACCCCCUACCCCCCUGCCUACCCUACGUACCCUAGCGGGGGGGGCGAGAACUAUCAACAGCCCCAGUUUGCCACCAUGCCGCCCCCACAAGAAGAGGGUGGCUACCAGCCGCCGGUUUACUGAGGGUGGGCGGAGUCUGGUCACAUGAAACAGUGGAGGGAGGGUUUGGUUUUUAAAGCAGCUGUUCUUUCCCGUUUCACUCCAUUUCCUGCACCCCACUGUUCGUUUGUUCCGAGUCUGUGUGCAGGAGCUGCUGAAAACACACGUGUCUGUUCAAACCCCGUUCGUACUGGUGCGAGUAUGUGCGGACCCCCACCCAUUUGCUUGUAUCUUUCUAGGGGUCCUAACCUUUGUAUUGGUGAACAGCCAAAUCCCAUAAUAUCACUGAAUGGUGGGGAGAGUUUUAGGAAUGUCAAUUAAUUCUGUAAUUCUCGUUUUGGGCGGGUGUGUAUGGAGGACAGCCCUGAGCUUGGAUCUGGCGCGGUACUCGACACACCAGCCCAUCUGAGGUCACCACUAACGGUGUCGGGUGCCGUCACGGCUCGUCACACCCCAGCCCAGCCCCGGAGGAAUUGCAUUAGCAUUUUUGCCAAUCACACACUAACUGUGCCUUGUUCCCUGUAUGCUUUUCUUGGCAUUCAGAAUUGAUUUUGUUGUCCUUCCUUGAAGAAACUGAUUUUACUCUGUUUUCUGUUGUAUAGGUUCAUUUAGACUGUUGAGGCUGUGUUUCUGAUAACGCCGUCAUAUUUAUUUUGUGUGUGUGAAUGUGUUUGGGGAAGGGUUCUGCAGAAACACUUGUUUUGUACAACCCAGAGUUUUUUUGUUUAAAGUAAAAGUGUUCAGCAGCUGA